AUGCACUGGCAUCAAAUCCUUGUUGAAAAUCGCACUCCAAACGUUGACACUAAAACGAACCAGAAGAAGAGAUCCAGAACAAACAAGGAGGUGAUUGAACUCAAGAGAACACUGGAUGCACUUGCUACGAUCUGUGAAGUGAAGAAGGACGAGACAAGUAGGAAAGUCUAUAAUUCAUUUAAGGCGAAAUACAGGGAAAAGAUGACAGAGGUCGAUCGCAAUUUGAAUCUGGAGAAGAUAAGGAAGGCAGAAAAUAAGUCAAAGGCCAUUUGGUCUUUGAUUAGGGAACGAACAGAGUCCAAACAGAAAGUAGUCGAACCGAAGAACACCGUCGAUGAGUUCAACAAAUUUUUCGCCAACAUCGGAGAAGAAACAGCAAGAAGUUGCAACAGAGGUAAUACAACACCAGAAGAACUUCUGAGAAAAUGCAGCAAACAACCGAGUAAUUCUAUUUACAUGCAAGACAUAACAUCGGACGAAAUAGAAAGAAUUACAAGAAGGAUGAAAGUUAAGAACACAAGAGACAUUUAUGGACUAUCUACUAAAGUUUUGAAAGAGAUUAUUUCUACAAUCGCCUUUAUUUUGAGUGGAAUAUUCUCAAGAUGUUUAUCUGAGGGACACUUUCCCGAUCAACUAAAAAGGAGCCGAGUCAUUCCGAUUCACAAACAGGACGACCCAGGAGAGAUGAGUAACUUCCGGCCGAUAACCAUUCAACCAGCAAUGGCAAAAAUUUUAGAGAGUGCGAUAAAGGAUAGAUUCACUAGCUUCUUUAAAAAACAAGACAUCUGGAGGCGACAACAACAUGGCUACCUGAAGGGCAAAUCUACCACAACAGCACUAGCUGAAAUCCUACGAAAGAUCGCUGAAGCCAUUGAUGCAGGAAGGAAAUGUGAAUUAUCCUCAUGUGAUCUUAGCAAAGCUUUUAACAGUAUGGAUCACUCACUCCUGCUAAAGAAGUUGAGUUUCUAUGGAAUAAGGUGA